CAAGUGACAUAUUUUCAUUUGUAUUCGCUUAUAAAGUCAAUGUACCCUCGCAUUUCCUGCCAUAUAAUUAAAGUAUCCGGUUGUACCCCAUGGUGAGGGUCCGCUUGUUUCCACCUCCUUCACCGAGGGAGGGAGGCAGACUGCUCCAGGCGUUUUGGGAUUUUUUUUUAUUUAUUUAUUAUUUUUUAUUGUCUUCCUCAGUGUACCUGGGAAACACCGUGCAGUGCGGAUGUGUGUGUGUGUCCUCUUUUCAUUUAAACACCAGGGAACGGGACCACAGAGGCACAGGAGGUCAAUUAAGCUGUUUUCAUGCAUAGAGAAGAAUAGAAAGAGGAGGAAAGAAGGAGAAAUGAAGAAGGAGGAGGAAGAAGAAGGAAGGGAAGGAGGAAGAGGAGAAGGAAAAGAAGAAAUAUUAAGAAGACAAUAUUUUCACUGAAUUUCCAGCGUUUUAAAGAGGAGAAAGGGGAAGAAAGGAGGAUGAGGGUGAGGAAGACGAGGAAGAGGAAGAGGAUUAAAUUUAUUGCAUUUUUCUUAGACAGUCCUCAGGAUGUCAACAUUGUAUAAUGGUACAGUGUUGAGGCAGGGACGGUCGCGUUAUAAUUCACUAAUUGAGGUUACUUUUGAUAAAUAAACAACUAGUACGGAGUCUUUUAAGUAUUUUACAUUAUCUUAUACCGGAAAAUAUUAAGGAAAAGUGGCGUAAAUAAGAAAAAAAAGGCAAACAUUAGAGAUGUGGGAUUUUAUAACUUGUGGCAUCUUAAAAUACUAGUAUAAGAUAAACCCUAUGCAAAACGAACAAUAUAACCUUUAUUAAUCAUCAUAACCUAGAAAACCGAUAAAUAUAUAUAUAAAAACCAGUGUAAUUAGUAAAAAACAAAAAAAAACUGUCCCUGGGAAGUGAGACGGCCCACAGAGUCGCGCCAAAAACGUGGAUCUACAGGCCAGGCAUCUUAUGUUUAACCAGGUGUACAAGGUGCUGGCUUUCAAGGGCUCCUCCACACCUACAGACACACGCACACACCACCAGAUACAGGAAGAAUUAAUUGAUGAGCUACAGAACUACAGCAUCGUUCAGGUGGCAGCCGGAGACCAGCACUCUCUUGCUCUCACCUCCUGGGGCCUGGCCAUAAACAGUGCACAUGCGGGACUGAGUCACUCGGUAAACACAGUGCAGCGGGCCGCGGGUGGCGCCAAGCAGUGCGCUGUGGUGGCCAGGGGACAGAGUAUGCCUUGUGCGGGAAUUUUAAUCGAUUUUAUCUACGCACGGGGUGACAAUGGGUACGGUGAGCUUGGCGUCAACUCCUGCGACAGUCACACCGCCACACGCAAGCUUGUCAAGAGUCUGGCCAGGAAGGUGACAGUGCAGCUGGCCUGUGGCGCCAACCACACCCUUGCCUUGACUGCUGAUGGUGACAAAAUACCUUGGGCCAGUUGGCACUUAGACACUGACAGGGGCCCCAGAAGGAUCCUGCCCUGGUGACCUCCUUGGCUGGCACCCUCUUAGUCCUGCUGGCCGCUGCGGGUCACCACUCUGCUGCCGUGACCCAGGCCGGCUACCUGCUGUUGUGGGGGUCAAACAAGCAGGGUCAACUGGGCUAUACUCCCAAGGGUGAUCCUCUUGUUAGUGACACCCUAGCGUUGGUGCCGAAUUUGGCCUCUUAUUCUGAACCAAUUGGGUAUGUGGCACUUGGAGAGAGCCACACAGCGGCACUCGACUCUUUAGGGAAGUCUUUCAGCGUGUCAUGUCCGCUCAGUUCACUUCACCAGUAGCAGCGGCGGUGAGAGGUCACGGUGCAGGUCUUGUGGCUUGACGCAGCUCUUGAAGGAAUUAAAUGGCUCCUCCUUGGCCAAUCAGCACCGAGGCAGAGUUGAUUGAUGUACAGGUGUGAAUUCAGCUGCCUCCUUGCUGUUCCCGUUGCCAGGAUACCAUGUGAUCGAGGCAGUGUUGGGGAAGGUGAAAUUAUUCAUCAGGUGUGACGUGUGCUGCUUCACUCCAUCCCAUGAACAGUUGCCCACAGCAAUCUCUACCACAUCAGGCCUGACAUACUCAUUGCAAUCAGGGAGUCAAGUUUCAUCAGGAAGAGGGGCUGUGUCACUACCUGUAAGCCUGACGAGGUGUUAGUUAAGUCAAGGAGCGUCAUCAGGAAGAGGGGCCGAGUCUUGCUACCUGUAAGCCUGACAAGAGGAGUCAAGGAAUUUUUCAUUGCAAUCAAGGAAGAGUCAAGUUGUAAGAAGAUUGUAAGGCAAGAAUUUUAAGCAGGAAUAAUUGUCAAGCAGUUAACAGCAGGAAGAAUGCAGCAAGAAAAGGGUACAAGAGUUUUCAAGUAAGAAGGUUGUAAGGCAAGAAUUUUAAGCAGGAAAAAGUAAGGUAAGAAUUUUAAGGAAUAAUUGUCAAGCAGUUAACAGCAGGAAGAAUGCAGCGAGAAAAGGGUACAAGAGUUUUCAAGUAAGAAGAUUGUAAGGCAAGAAUUUUGAGCAGGAAGGAUAUUGUUAAGCAGUUUAGCAGCAGGAAGAGUCCCUUCAAGCUGUUGGUGGGAGUGACAAGCAUCCUUCAGGACUUGCAAAGGCUGAAGUCCUCAACACUAGUCUCACUCAAGUUGACACAGGAGCUCUCUGACACAAGGAAAACAAAUCAUUUAUCCUAUUGUGUAUUUAUUAAACUUUUGUGAUUAAACAAUAUAUAUAUAUUAUUAUCUUGUACAUACUUAGGGAAUGAUUAAACAAUAAUGAUUUAUUA